AUGACGAACGAAAAGACGCUUUUCCGUCAAUUCUGUCCAUGGAUAGGGCAGCCUGUUCGUGUACAGCUGCAAAUUGGUAGAGCAACCGACGGUGUCCUGUACUGCAUCGACCCCGAGACGGAAGACGUCGCGCUUCUAGUCCCUUCAGGACAAAACAACUCGGAAUACAGCGUCAAGAUUGUACUGGCUCAUGAUAUUCGAGGCGUCGAGAAGGAACCGCUGUGCGGGUUCACGAGUGUCGGUUUGCCCACGCUUGCUUCUCUUACAAAAGAGCUGGCAAAAGGGAAAGAGUGCGAUCGUGGAGAGGAUGCAGCAGUAAUCCACCAGCGUCGCGAGGAGCUCUGCCAGUUCUUAACUAAUAAAUUUGUUCCGUUCGAGGUCGUGGAAGACGGCAGUGUCCGUGUGUUUGGAGGCGCGGCGACGUUGCGAGAGCCUUUUCGUUUGGUCGAAUGCGGGAACGAGCAGCUGCUUCGACAACUGCACAAGCUCCUGGAUGAAUUUGGACAGCUGCAUGAGUAG